AGUAACUUCAGAGUUAGGAUCAAAACCACGAUGGCCUCAAGCAUUAAAGACGGCAUUACCAUAAGGACCAUGACAAAAGAGGAUUACCCCAGUGUAAAAGCCUUUUUGAAGGAUAACUUUUUCCAAUCAGAGCCACUGUGCCAGUCUACUAGCGAGAACGUUCAAAGUCAAAACGAGAAGGAGAACGAUGAGUAUCACCUGUCGAUGAUUGCUCAGGGCACGUGUUUGGUGGCCAUCGACGAGAGCAAUGGUGGAAAAUUUGUGGGACUGGUACUUGCCGGUGCCCAGUAUCCCGAGGACUUGGAGAAGCAUCGCAUUGAGGCGGAGUCCAUGGAGCAGCACUUUUGGGCUCGCGCAUGCAUAAUGCUAUCUAAAAUUGAACGGGAGGCCAACCUCUUUGAGCGUUUCGGCAUCUCGAAACUGCUCUACUCCCACAUUACCAGUGUCGAAUCUUCGAUGAGGGGCAAAGGACUGGGAUCACGACUGGCCGCCACCUUGAUGGAUGUGGGUCGAGCUAAAGGAUUUCCCGCAAUGACGGCCUACUGCACAAGCUUCUACUCCGCCCGCCAGAAGGAGGCACUGGGGAUGAAGUGCGUCCAUUCGCUUCCCUACGCCGACUACAAGGACGAUCAAGGACGACCGAUCUUUACACCCGCAGAACCACACACUAUGGCUCGAAUUAUGUUCAUCAAACUGUGAUUAUUAAUUAUUAUUAUUUUAUACAAAAAUGUGACGUAAGGAAGAUGAUUAAAUCAUAAGGUAAAUUUAAAUAAAUACCCGUUAUAUGACGAAAAUAAAAUAAAAACCAUAAAGAGUAUUUAGCAGAACUCGAAGUAC